CUUGACAGCGCACUAAGUCAUAACGAGCAAUGGCACUCUUUGUUAAGUAAAGUGGUGAGGGAUCUCGCUCCUAAACAAGACUAAUGUUAUUAAAAGCUCAUUACCGCCACACUGCUGAUAUUUCUCAUUGUCGAUCACAGUAACUGCUGGUAGUUGACUGCACGACUACUUAUUCUGUAGUUAGCUAAUUCUAGCGUGUUAGCUGCUGGGACAACAGCUGCAGUUGGAGAGGAUGUCGCUUCACGGAAAAAGGAAAGAAAUCUACAAAUACGACGCGCCAUGGACUGUUUAUGCGAUGAGCUGGAGCAUCCGGCCAGACAAACGCUUUCGGCUAGCACUCGGGAGUUUUGUGGAGGAGUACAACAACAAGGUUCAGCUGGUGGGUCUGGAAGAGGAGAGCUCAGAGUUUGUCUGCAGGAACACUUUUGACCAUCCUUACCCCACCACCAAGAUCAUGUGGAUCCCAGACACCAAGGGGGUGUACCCAGAUCUGCUGGCCACAAGUGGGGACUACCUGCGCAUUUGGAGGGUCAGCGACACUGAAACACGUCUCGAAUGUUUGCUGAAUAACAACAAGAACUCUGACUUCUGUGCUCCCCUCACAUCCUUUGACUGGAAUGAAGUUGAUCCUAAUCUGCUAGGUACGUCCAGCAUUGACACCACCUGCACUAUCUGGGGACUGGAGACUGGUCAGGUAUUGGGACGAGUAAACCUGGUCUCUGGACAUGUGAAGACGCAGCUCAUCGCUCAUGACAAAGAGGUGUAUGACAUUGCGUUCAGUCGUGCAGGAGGGGGCAGAGAUAUGUUUGCCUCUGUGGGAGCCGACGGAUCCGUCCGCAUGUUUGACCUCCGGCACCUGGAGCACAGCACCAUCAUCUACGAAGACCCCCAGCACCACCCACUGCUCCGCCUCUGCUGGAACAAGCAGGACCCCAACUACUUGGCCACUAUGGCCAUGGACGGCAUGGAGGUGGUCAUCCUGGAUGUGCGUGUGCCGUGCACUCCCGUGGCUCGGCUGAACAACCAUCGAGCUUGUGUCAAUGGCAUCGCCUGGGCCCCUCACUCAUCAUGUCACAUCUGCACGGCAGCUGACGACCAUCAGGCUCUGAUCUGGGACAUUCAGCAGAUGCCCCGCGCCAUCGAUGAUCCCAUCCUGGCCUACACGGCUGAAGGGGAGAUCAACAACGUGCAGUGGGCGUGCACGCAGCCGGACUGGAUCGCCAUCUGCUACAACAACUGCCUGGAGAUCCUGCGUGUGUAACAGCCAAGGACACUUGGACGAAGGAGAGACACUCCUUCUUGUUUAAUAUUUAAGAAUUUGUAGUCCUCGUACUAUUACUUUGAAGAAAAGGCCGAGGUCACGAGUGAACUUUUUGAACAUGUUUGGAGUAUCACACACACACCUACCCACAAUAAUCUGGAUGACAUAUUGUCGCACUGCUCUUCUAUUUAACGGGUUUAAGCUCUUAUUUAUUUUUGUUCACAAGAUAGAGUUCAGAAUAUCUGAACUCUUGAGUAGUUGCCUAUGAAAUUAAGAUUUUAUAUAUUUCUUGGUGUGAUUUCAACCCACUUUGAGAUUAUCUUGAAGGGUUUAAAUAUUGUGAGUCACAUCUGUUGAUAAAACUACUGGAGGCAGAAAAUGGCCUCUCCAAUACGUAGGAAUAUAUCGUAGCCUUGUGGUGGACUCACAAAUUGCUGAUUCAAAAAUCAAUAUAUUUUGUUCACCCCUGUACAUUUUUCAAAUGGGUGUAUGUCAAGUAUCCUCCCUCAAAAUGAUUUUAUAAACUGUAAAAUAACCUGAGAGGGAUUCUUAUUGUCACUGCAGUGGUAUCUGUCAUGAUACAGUGUGCUUUAGUUUGGCCAUGGACAGCAACAAUCAGAAACUAGCAGAGCCAUGUCGUUCAGCCUUUUUACUCUCCCUACUUUAUCUUUUCUUCUUUAUUUAUAGAAGAUUCUGCUUUGAAAGCUGCAUUUUCUUUGUGUUUUGGAAUGGAUGAGUGUGAAACAACUUUGAGUCUUUUUCUCUAUUUGUUGUAUUCAAUAAUCAAAGGGUCAUGUCCUUGUAGCAUGCCAUUACAAGGCACAAAUGUACAUACAUAUAAUAUAUCAACUCAAGAUGUUGGUAGGACAAGUGUUCAUGUGGUAGCUUUUUCAAAAAGUUUAUUAUUGAAUUUGCUCUAAUAAAUUGUAUUCCUCCAAACGUGA